GGAAAAAGUCAGAGAUCCUGAUCCCUUCCACCACUCCGCCGACCCGCUCGCUCCGUCCCCUCCCACCGUCUUCUCAUUCCACGAUCCGCGCCGGCCUUCCCCAACUCAAGCGGUCCCUAGCGCCGGCGACCGGCUCUGCCCCACGCCGGGCCGCCGCCGUCCUUCGCCGUUUCUUCUCCACCGAAGCUCUCCGCAACCGACGAUUUUCUGCCCUUGCUUCCUCCUCCGGUCGCCCCCUAAGCGGAGAUCCGGACCGCUGUUUCUUGGACCCAGCUCGCGUCCGCCGCGAUGGGUGGGAGCGUCUGGGUGGUUCGCUUGGCUUCGCUUCUCGCGCUCGGGUUGGUGCUGGGCUCCGUCGAGGCCAGCCUCGGGGACGUUGAUCCGCAGUACAGAAUCUGCGUGGAGGAGUGCCAAGCUACAGGGAUUAUUGGGGAGAAUAUCAUGAGCCAUUGCCAUUCCUCAGAGAAUGACACAUCUGCUGAAGGUUCUUGGUACACCCAGGAGUCAAUUUACAUGCAGUGGAAGCAACUGAACUGUAGGACAGACUGCCGCUACUUCUGCAUGAUGCAGAGAGAAGGGGAACGACAAUCACUUGGUCUGGCCCCUGUUAAAUAUCAUGGAAAAUGGCCAUUUUUACGUGUUUUUGUCUUCCAGGAACCCCUUUCAGCUGCACUAUCUGCUGUCAACCUAUUUAUGCACUUCACUGGCUGGCUUUCAUUUUUCCUUCUGGUGAAUUACAAAUUGCCUCUUAGACCGCAGACCAAGAGAACAUACUACGAAUAUACUAGCUUAUGGCAUAUCUAUGCAAUCUUAUCAAUGAAUGCAUGGUUCUGGAGCUCUAUAUUCCAUACUAGGGAUAUCGACUUGACUGAGAAAUUGGACUACUCUUCAGCUGUGGCCCUACUUGGCUACUCCUUAAUCCUUGCAUUGCUAAGGACUUUCAAUGUCAAAGAUGAGGCUACCAGGGUGAUGUUUGCCGCCCCUAUUUUGGCAUUUGUUACAACUCACAUCUUGUAUCUUAACUUCUACGAGCUUGACUAUGGAUGGAACAUGAAAGUUUGUGUGGUGAUGGCUGUGGUUCAACUCCUGACAUGGGCAAUUUGGGCCGGUGUAUCACGACAUCCAUCACGAUUCAAGCUCUGGAUAGUUGUUUUUGGAGGAGCGCUAGCUAUGCUUCUUGAAGUCUACGAUUUUCCUCCAUACAAAGGCUAUGCUGAUGCCCAUUCACUGUGGCAUGCGAGCACCAUUCCUCUCACAUAUCUCUGGUGGAGCUUCAUUAAGGAUGAUGCCGAAUUCCGUACAUCAACUCUUAUCAAGAAAGGAAAGUAAGCGAAGGGCCAUAGAUUGUUAACAUAGGAUCUCAGAAAUCAGAUGCGAUGGUCUACUCAAGGAACAGUCGGGCACUCGUGUUACCUGACAUCACGAAACCUCAGUAUAUUCUGCCCCUUGAUGCUCCUGUCAUCAAUCACAUAAGUCAUUCAUCUUUAUGCACUCGCGAUUUUGGUCCACAAACUCAUCUUCUUUUGGGCACAUCUUUCCUUCUGAUUCUUCUUUUGCUUGAUCUGAGCGACUAUUCUGUUACUGAAACGACGCCAUAUCUUUUUGAUACUGGUGAGAAACGGUUCUCCCAGCUUCUAAGUUUUUGUCAUCGAACAUUGUUCGUUUGUUUCCUAUGAUGUGCAACCUUUGUAUGAUCCUGAAGCGCCAUUUAUUCGAACUUGUGAACUUUCUU